CGAGGGAGUUCUUAGAAAUCCAAGUAUACGCAUCUCCGUUAAAUGCUCGUGCAGCGCCUCGUAUUGUGGGCGAUCGCGUCACACUGCUGCGGGCUCUAGUAUUGUGAAUGUGGUGGAAACUCACUAUUCAUGUGCGACGCAUCUGACACUCGCACCUGCCGCUUCCCGAAUCAACUGCAAACGCACCUCAGCUUUCAAUUUCCGCCUUCUCUCUUCUUCUUUUCCUUUCUCUUCUUCCUCGCCAAACCUUUUCCGCUCACACGUGUCUGCCUCACGCCUCUUCCCCCCACACCUUUUUGCCCCAAGCCUCCCAAACCUUUCACCAACACGCACGAUCCUCCGCCGACAAGUGGUCAACACCACCAUGUCAGACCUCAAUCUGGAAUCCGAGCUGUUCGAAAAGAUCGUCUGGACCCUCAUCCGUCGACCUCAGCUCAACCGCCUUGAAUUCCAGCGCCCCGUGCAAGUCGCGAAAGCCGAAACGGAGAAGAAGGGAGCAAGCGUGCAAGUCCAGCUCGUCCAGCUCGUCCAGAUGAUAGGACGCGACGAGCACAACAACAAGAUCGAGUUCGCCGUGAAGCACACCCCAGGCGGAGACUGUCCCGAGGAAGGCGAUGAGCUACACGUGAGCUGGGAGAUCAUGACCCAAGGAUCCCACCCAGUCCCUUACUUCUCGCUUCAAGACAUCGGAACCUGGUCCAACUGGGAAUUGGUCCUCCGCAUCGGCCUCAAAGUCCUCUGGAAAUCUGUCAAGAUGAAUAUGUGGCACUGUAAGUACUUACAAAGCCCACCAGGAACCAAGACGAUGGACAAACGACGAUCCGGCGCUCUUGCGAAUUAUGCCUGGGGCGCAGCAAUAUACGCUUAUCUCAUGCGAUCCACAUGGCCCGAGGUUGAAAGCUUCGUUCCGCGGAUGGGGCUCGCCCAUGUCGUCGAAGUCAGGCUGAAUCACUUCGAACAACGUGUUGUUUGCACACCUAUUCCAGAACCGCUGGCCAAGCUUGAGGGACCACGGUACCAGUUUCGAUUCACAGUCGCGAGGGCCAAAGAGCUCCGAACAACAGAGGGAGAUGUCACGCAGCGUCUUCAAAAUGUCGACGCAUCAUGGCAAUCCCUUGACUUCGAGUGGGCAUUGGGAAAGCUUUCGGGCGCCGAUCUGGAGAUCGCCAAAACGCGCAUCCAUUGCGAUCACUGCUGGCUCCAGUGGAAUUCCCCGAUCGGUUAUGGCGGCCCACCCAGCUGCGAACGCAUGAAGGACAAGGAUGGCAACGAGACGAAUAGGUGUAGAGAGUGCUUCUUGAAGGGCAUUCCUUGCAGCUGGACCCGGGAAGAUCACCUCGGCGGACCUGGACAUUUGACGAAGAUCCCGGGUCGUACAGGCCAAGGCAGCAGGGACCUGAGCGGCGAAUUUCACAAUCUGCUGAUGAAGUCGCUCGUCACCCAGCCUGAGCAGAAGAAUGCGACCGAGACAGUCCCGAUACCGGACCCGGAAUUCAUGAAGACGAGUGAGAUGAACCAAGGAACGAGGGGCGAGCCGGGCGGUCUGGAGAUAGAGGAGGUAGCGGUCGGCGGUUGGAUGCGUGGACACUGGAAGUAGCGGUCGGCGUUGGGUGGCUAGUGGAGAGUAGUCUCACGGAGGAUUGUUGUGGUACUAGAAGAUUCGGGGCGGUGCGGAAAGGUGUUUCAGUGGUCUUUGCUUUCUUUCUGGCGUACUGGAAGGGGCGGAGUGGAAGUUCAAUGGGUUUUGCUUUCUUUCUGGCGUUCGGGUCCGGGGUGAUGAGCGGUUGCGGGUGCUACAGACUGAUA